UAAAAGGGGGAGGGAAUGAAGCGGAUGAAUCAGACGCCGCCGCCUCUGGUGCCGCCCGGCGCGGUCGCUGCUUGGCGGAUAACGGGCCUCUCAGCCGCGGUCUGUUAAGGCUAGAAAUAAGUUUUCCCGUGAAGUUCCUUUCGCGCUCUCCGAUUGGAGCAGGCGGACCACGCCCCUCGGCUGAGGGGCGGCAUGCCGGCAGCCCCCAUGGCGCAGGAUCCGGCGCAGCUGCAAGCCGAGGUGGACCGGCUGACAGCCGAGCUGCGGAAGGCGACGCAAGAGAAGGUCCAGGCGGCGGAAUACGGGCUGGCCGUGCUGGAGGAGAAUGGGGAGCUGAGACAGCACUGCGGCGAGCUGGAAGGCCAGCUGGAAAUGAUGCGCUUGGAGGCGGCCCACAUGAAGGAGGCCUUGACGGAGUCCCACAGCGUCCACAAAAGGGCCGCGGCCGACGGGGAGAGCCGGGAAGAGCACUUUCUCCGAGAGGCGGCCUCCAAGGAGGCCCGCUUGAACCAGAGCAUCGAGGACCUCCAGGGCGACGUGAAGCACCUGCGGUCCCAGCUGGAGGGCACGGCGGCGGAGAGCGAGCGUCUCGGGGCGGCUCUGCAGGACCUGAGGAAGGAAUGCUUGGACUCCGAGCGCAGUCGGCUGCGCGAGCAACUGAAGCAGGCCAAGGCGAGGGAGCUGCACCAGCUGCAGGACUGCGCGGAGCUGGAGGAGGAGAACAUCUCCCUGCAGAAGCAGGUCUCCGUGCUCAAGGGCAGCCAGGUGGAGUUUGAGAGUGUCAAACGUGCGCUCAGCUGCCGGGAGGAGGAGCUGUCCCUCGCGGGGAACCAGCUGUUGGAACUGGGGCGCCUGCGGGACCUGGCGGAGCAUCAGCUCCAGGAAGCGCUGGAAACCCUGCAGGCGGAGCGGGAGCAAAAGCAGGAGCUGCGGCGGGAGCUGGCCGCCUGCUCCCGGGGACACCACGCCUCGCUGAGCAGCUUGCCGGCCAACCUGGAGGAGCUGAACCACAGCCAGGCGGAAGGCGAGGAACAGGACAGCGGCUUCGCCAACGGCAGCGCCCUGGGGGGCAGCAUGGCCUCUACGCCCCACGGCAGCCGUCCUGCGCCUGGCCUUGUGGCAGACCUCUUCAGCGAGCUCAGCCUAGCAGAGAUCCACAAGCUGCAAGAGCAGCUGCGCCAGGCAGAAAACGAGAAGACCUCCCUGGCCUCCGACUUGCAGGAGCUGAAGACGCAGCUCACCACCACCAAGGAGGCCCUGGCUCAGCAGCAGCUGCGCAACAGCCACGACGCGCAGCACUGUCAGGCCCCGGAGGCCGGCCCGCACCGAGAAAGAGCCGGCCUGUCGCUCCAGGAGAGGGAGGCCUGCCGCGAGGCGGUGGAGAAGGCCCAGCUGGCCGCCCAGAGGGAGAAGGAGGCGGCCGCGCAGCUGGAAGCCGACUUGCGGGUCGCCCGGAGGGUCGCCCUGGAGUGUCAGUCGCGCCUGGCUCAGGCCCAGGAGGAGCUCCUGGGCUUCUCGGAGGAGCUGGCCGGGCUCUACCAUCACGUCUGCACCUGCCACAGCAUCACCCCGCAGCGGGUGGUGUUGGAUUACUACCGGGAGGGCCGCGGCGCCCAGAGCCUGUGCCGGAGGCGAUCUUCCAGGAAGUUGCCGGUGACGGAGCGGGAGGUGGGGGGCGGCGGGGACCGGUCCCCCGGCAGCGGCCACAGCUCGCCCUGCGGCCUGGAGCCCCUCAACCUGGCCAGCCUGCUGGGCGUCCUACAGGAGCAGCUGGGGCACCUGCAGGUGGCGCUGUCCCUGGCGCACCGGCAGAGCCCCUCGGGGCACGGCGCGGAACUGGAGCGGGACAAGGAGGUGCUGGUGGAGGAAGUGCUGAAGCUGAAGUCCCUGCUGAGCACCAAGCGGGAGCAGAUUGCCACCCUGCGCACAGUGCUGAAGGCUAACAAGCAGACGGCAGAGGCGGCCCUCUCCAACCUCAAAAGCCAGUACGACGGCGAGAAGCUGCUCGUGUCCGAGACGAUGGCCAAGCUGCGGCACGAGCUCAAAGCCCUGAAGGAGGACGCGGCGACCUUCUGCUCCCUGCGCGCCAUGUUUGCCAGCAGGUGUGACCAGUACGUGAGCCAGCUGGAUGAGAUGCAGCGGCAGCUGGCGGCAGCCGAGGACGAGAAGAAGACACUGAGCUCCCUGCUGCGAAUGGCCAUCCAGCAGAAGCUGGCGCUCACCCAGCGCUUGGAGUCCCUGGAGAGCCCGGCGGAGGUGCCGGGGGUCAGGCGCAGACCCCUCAGAGCGGCCAAGAGCACUGUGUGUUGCAUCCACUCCAGUGCUCUUGUGAACCAGAGCCAGCGCCAAAGGAGCCCUUGCGGUGACAGCUUCCGGGAAGCCAAAGCCUUUGGGUUCCAGGGGAGUCCGGUCACAAAGCUGACCUUGGGCCAGGCGUGCACUCUCAACCAAACCUGCCUCACUGGGUUGUAUCAGAGAUAA